UGUUUUUAUUCAGGUGAUACAGAGAUUAAAAACAGUACAAAACCACAUGAAUAGAAGUUAAAUGGGUGUUUAAUUAUUCGGUUAAACGAGUUCUACACGUUCUGCUUCCACAGCUGUUUCCUUGGAUCCACUUCCUCGUGUUUGAGGCUGCAGAAGACGAACGUGCAGAGUUCUGCCUGGAACUGGUCUGACCGUGACAGGAUGGACCAGACCUGCCUCUCCGGUUCUCCUUCACUUCAGCAUCGAGGUCACAUCAGCUGGGUUGGUUUUUGUCCGACAACGUGCACUUUUGCAUGCUGGAAGUCCAGAAGUGUCCGUGAGUGUUGAGUUUUGGGUGAAUAGACGAUCUUGGUGGAGCCCAGCAGCAGCAGCAGCAGCAGCAGCAGCUCCGUCACGGCUGCUUUGCAUAUCCUGUUCCUGAGUCAGACCGCGGCUAUCGGCGGAGGAGGCCGGCCGACCUGCGAUGCAUAGAUGCUCGGACUGAACACUUAAAGCCAGAACAGACAACACUUCAAUCAUGGACGGGUUUGCGGGUGACAUGCUGAGCGGCGGCCGGGCUCUGCUUGGCGAGGACAGCUCGGUGAUGGCUCGCAUGCAGAAGAAGUUCUGGAAGACCAAGCAGGUCCUCAUCAAAGCCACGGGCAAGAAGGAAGACGAGUACGUGGUGGCUUCAGAUGCUGACCUGGACGCUAAACUCGAGUUCUUCCGCUCCGUUCAGUCGACGUGCACAGAGCUGCUGAAGGUGAUUGAGAAGUAUCAGUACAGGAUCACACGCUUGUCUCAGGAGGAGAACGAACUCGGCCUAUUUUUGCGCUUCCAGGCUGAACAUGAUCGCACUAAAGCUGGCAACAUGAUGGAUGCCACCAGCAAAGCCCUCUGUGCCUCCGCCAAGCAGAGGAUGGCACUUUGUCCGCCGCUGCAUCGUUUGCAUCAGGAAGUGGAGACGUUCCGGCGGCGUGCCAUCGCUGACACGCUGCUGACAGUCAGUCGUAUGGAGAAGGCCCGCACCGAGUACAGAGGAGCUCUGCUCUGGAUGAAAGAUGUCUCCCAAGAACUGGACCCAGACACCUACAAACAGCUGGAAAAGUUCCGCAAGGUCCAAGCCCAGGUCAGAGGGUCAAAGAGUCAGUUUGAGAAACUGAAGAACGAUGUGUGCCAGAAGGUGGACAUGCUGGGAGCGAGCCGCUGCAACAUGCUGUCCCACUCCCUCUGUACCUACCAGACGACUCUGCUUCAGUUCUGGGAGAAAACGGCCCAUGCUAUGUCAGAAAUCCAUGAGGCCUUCCAAGGACAUGUACCGUACCAGUUCACCACACUCAAGGACCUGCGGGACCCACUGGAGCAAUUAUCAGACUUACAGAAACAGGAGGAGAAGCAGGAGAAGGCUCUGCAGGGGAACACAGACAGUCUGGUGUCCUUGGAUGAUGACAAGCCAUCAGGAAGUGCCUCUAAUGCAGACCCAGCCCUCAGCAGCGCUGCACAGAGCCAGACGAGGGACGCUGUGCACCAAAGCGCUCCCACACCUACUCCAGCUCUGCACAGCCUCAGAGGACUGUCGACAGGCUCUGAUGAUGACUUGAUGCUCAUGGCGUGUGACCCUCCGCCGCCCCCACCCUCAACAAAUGCCCCGCUCCAGCCCCAGCUCCUGCCUUCCCCACAGGCUGGAGAUCAGAGAGAGUCCAGGCUCUCGCAGCUGCCUGCCACCGGUGGCAGUCUGCUCUCAGGUCCACACCCUCCUGGAUCAGGGCUGAGACCAGAGGACGAAGACAGUGAGCGAAGCGACAUGGCUUUCCUCAAAGACCUACUCAGCCCCGGCGCCGGCGCCUGCGACGAGUUCAGCAGAGAGUGGCAGGAUGCCUUCGGGAUGUUUGAUCCUCCCAGCGUCCAACCAGCGAGCACCGGAGCAGCGAGCGGCGGGGCAGCACCACCUUCUAACCCCCCCAGUCCCACAGGCUUCCUGCCCUCCCAGCUGCUGGAUCACAGUCUGAGCUCUACAGGCUGGGCCACUCCACCUAUGUUCCAAGCACCGCCCUUACAGCCUCCUACUGGUCCGAACCAGCCAGCUCAGCCGGCUCCAAGUCCAGCCACUGCUGCAGCAGCUCCAGGAGGAUCCAAAGACAUGUCUGCAUGGUUCAACCUGUUCGCAGACCUGGACCCCCUUUCCAACCCCGACGCCAUUGGACGCUCUGCAGAUGAGCUGCUCAACGCCUGAAGUGUGAGUGUGUGUGAGUGAGAGUGUGUGUGUGAGUGAGUGUGUGUGUGUGUAUGUGUGUGUUUUCGCUCCGAGGAUGUGGAUUUUUGUGGAUUUUGCAGCUUUUCAUUGAGAUCACAUAAACCAACAUAAACUGCGAAAAAUACACACAGAUGUUACACACACACACACACACACACACACACAGAUGUGCGUCCACAUUUCUGUUACCGGGAGAGAUGUGCACACAAACACACUUUAUAGUUGUGUUACACUGGAAGAUGAUGUUUUACUCUGGAAACAGGUGAGAUGAUUGUUAAACUCGACUCCUCGGCGUCUCUCAGCUGCUCUCUGCAAAAGACUGUUAACACUAAUCACUAAUGCACACAGCAAACCUCCUGUGGUUUGUGUUCGUCACUGCAGCUUCUGUAAGGCGGAGCGGAUGUUUGGGGUUGAUUUUGGACAGUGUGAUGUUUUCUGCGUUUUCUUUGCGUUGUUUGGGUGUGUGUCAGUUUGCUGUGUUUGUACACUUUGCAAGGGACGAGGAUGUUAUAAACAGUCCUAUUUGCUGCUUAUGGUGGUUUCUAUGUAACAGCACAGUUGUCACAGAUGAAUGAAGGCCUGUCACUGAGCCUGUAUUUGCACACUACAAGACUGGCAGCAUUUGAAGACUCCCCGCUGCCAAACGAGUCUGUAUCAUGAAGCAAGAAUAUUGUAUUAACCAAUCAAAUCUGGGUUUAUAUCAGGUUUUCUGGCAUCAAGAACCCGCCUCUAGUUUCACCAGUGUGCACCACAGCGUUAUGCAAAGGCAGUGGAGACAUAUUGAUGCAUAAUUAAUCUUUAUCUGUCUUUCUUCUUUAAAAAUCCUGCUCUAGGUUGGUGUCAUUUAAGACAAAACAGCUUUUUUAAAGUUAUUACCUGUGAAAUGGCGCUAAAGAGCAAAUUGCAGUACUUUGUGUGUCGUCGUUGUGAUGUGUCUGUGGCACUAAAGCUAAAAUCACAGAGUGAUCGCUAAUUAAACUAAUAAAACCGGCUAACUACACAGCUAAAGUCACAGAAAGACUGCAAAGAGAAAGAGCCACACACCAUAACCAUGAAAAUACAGCUAACCAGACAGUAAUGAAUUCAGUUUAACACAGAUAACGAACUCGCCCUGACGAUGUCAUUCCUACAUGUUCCUUAGAAGAACAUGAAUGUCUGAACCACAUUUCCUGCUAAUCUGUCAAAUAGUUGUUGAGACAUUUCAGUUUGGACCAAAGUGGAGGACUGACUGAGUCACUUUGCUGGUGAGUCAGUCAGGAGUCAGUCUGGAGAUGCACACGUUCAUAAAUCGCUCCGUAAAUCACAGUAACGUGUUAACGAGGCAUUCAUUGUUUUUCUUUUGGCCUUUUAGCUGUCCUCUCUGUUUGUAACCGUUUUUAGAGUUAAAUAUAAACUACCAGAAUGUCACAUGUGGAUAUGGUCAUGUAAUAUCCAUGUUGCUUGCUUUAAAGCAGCUCUGCCUCUCUGAUGUCAACACGCUUGUAGUUGAGCUGGUAAAUCCAGAGUUAACAGAUCCAGUUAAUAGCAGCCUUAUGAUAGCAGGCGUAAUAAAACUCCAGAUGAUAAAUAAUGUGACGCUUUACUCAUCGCUGUAAUAUAACGUUGCCUCCUCUGUCGUUCAACUGUCAGCGGUCCCUGGAAACGGAACGAUGGCGUCACUACGAGAGACUGAACUGGAAUUAGAUUACAGGCGCAGUGCAAAUGGAAAGUCUUUCUGUUGCUUUUGUGACACCAAGAGUUUCUUCAAAUGUCUUUAAUAUCGAUCAUCAACCCGGAUUCCACUCAGCUGGGUGAAAGUAGGAUGUGUUUUUUAUCGUCUUUAGUCCCGUCUGUUGUUUCAGUUUCACAAUCAGAAGUCCAUGGCCAAGAAAAACGUGAGAAUGAAUUAUUAUAUUGUGUUGGAUUUUUAUUCUUAUUCUUAUUAUUGGUGCACUAUUUAAUUCCUACAAAUGUGCAAGUAACAGAAUCUGAUGCAUCAAAAUGUAUUUAUUUUCAAACUCUAUCACUAUCACUGUUGUUGUGCAGUCCACAGUAAAGAUAACUCUAUCCAGGAACACUGUAAAGUACUACUGAGAGCUGUGUGUGUGUUCUGACAGACGGAUUGUUAUGAGGGAAAAGGAUCUACACUGGAGAACUGUUACUGUAGCACAUUUUCAACCACAUGGAUUGGUUUCCUGGUGUGUACUGACAUCUCUGAAUGUUUAUGUGGUGCAAAGUGACGAUGCACAGCUCGACUUUACUCUGGUUGAGGAGUGAACAUGAUGUCUGUGAGCUGAGUGAAGGAAGUUAUAUCUGUGUGCUUGUAAAAUCUCACUCAUCAUUGGAAGUCCAGCAACUCAGAAAAAACCCAUUUUCUACAAGCUGCACAUUCGUAUAUCAGCUUCUGUGGGGUAGAACACACCCCUCACUGUGGUUACAUGUUCUUUUUCUUCAUUGUUUGUAAUGCAGCUGACACAUGGAGCUUUUGUUGUGGAGGGAAAAUCAUGAAGGAAUGUAGAAGCCAGCCGGUAACAUAACAAUGGCCAAUAAUGUAAUAAAUGUGCACUUUUUAAAAUGUAAUAGGCCGAUAACGUAAUAAAAAUCCUGAACUGAUAGCGUAAUAACUUACUACGUUAUUGACCUGCUUAGAAAAAACUCUUUGCAAAUGUAUUAACCAGCUCGUUAACCAGAUCAUUACGUUAUCAGUUCAGGACUUUCAUUACGUUAUCGGCCGUUAUUACCUUAUCGGCUUCUACGAGGAACUCUGUGGUCACAAGGAUAACUAGUGUGUCAGCAUUUCUGUCACAUCAUGUAUUUUACUGUUUACUCUUGAUUUACAUGCUUAAAAUAAAAGAAUGUAUUUCUCAACUCAAUCACAGAUGCUCUUUUUUUUUUUUUUUUUUUUAAUUCAACUAUGCCUUUUUAUUUCACUCGAAGGGGUUAAACAGAUGAAAACUUGGCAGUUCUGUUUCCAGUAAACUGGACAAGCAAACAGAGUUGUUCUGGUCUCAAGCCUCUUCCAAAAUGCUGUUUAUCCACUAUGAAAAAAACACACUUUGGGUUGAAUUUCUAUUUCCACGUGUGUUACCUGCUAUUCUGCACGACUUCAUUUUGUAAACAGACGUCUAAAAAACAAUGAAUCAGAACGUCGCUUUUGGUGUGAUUGUUUUUCAGCAUUUUGGAACAGAACUCCUUCGUUUCUUUCAUAGUUUAAAUAUUUAUAACCGUUUUAGCAAGUACCUGUUACUCCAAAUCAGGUCACUGAACAAAUGACAUCCACACUUGUCUCUACUUCUACUCUGCUACAGGUUUACAUCUUUCAGGAUUUCCGCUGUGGUGUGAGGCUACAUCGAUAGCAGCUGUUGGUUUGCUCCCUCUUAGUAGUGUAGACUUGUUGGUGUGCACUGAAAAAUUAGUAUAUCUUUUUUGUAUCCUAUUCUCUACAACCUGAGAUGGACGAUGUAAUCUAUUCUUGAUUAAAAUUCUCUGAAGACCCAA